AUGAAAAUAUUUAUAUGUUGUUUUCUAUUGGCUAUGGUGUUGAAACUCUCAAAUGAGAAAUAUAUUUGUUCGAAAAAUGAAAUUUUAUCAAUAUCUAAUGGAGUUUCAUUUGGUUUUUGUCUUAAGUAUUGUCGUCAAUCAAUAACAAUACGAGCAGGUUCAAAUCGAUUAGUUGCUUUGAAAGAACCAAAUUUUCCUCAAAAUGCUUAUCCACCUGUGAAACGAAUCUAUCGUUUUUCUCGAAAGAAAUGGAACGAAUCAAUCAAUUUAAUUAAUGAUAAAAGUUUUCAAUCAUUAAAUGAUACUGAAGGUUGUCCAGAUUGUGCUGAUGGUGGAGCUGAAUGGAUUGAAAUACAAUGGACAAACCAAAAGAAACGAGUUACAUUUGAAAAUGGAAAAUUAAUAAAAGGUUUUGAAGGACUUGUUAUUGCAUUAAGAAAUAUUAGAGUGAAUACUACUCAAAAUCUUUAA